AUGAGUAAAAAACACAAGAAGAAGCGGAAAACACGGAGUAAAAGUAUGCACGUGGCCUCUACAAGUGUCUUGAUGAACCAAGAGAUGCAGCGGAAGAAUCGUUCAGCUUCACUUGGUGCCAAAAAGCACAUUAUGUGGGGUGGGGUAUCGGUGAGAGAGUUUGCCCGUUUUCCAGGUGGUGGUGGUGCUGUGCCCUAUGACGGCACGUGGGCUUUAGGCCUUGGUACGAAGGUCGCAGAUGUUGAGCUUGGGAGUGUUUUGGAGGUUGAACAAGUACGAGAGCAGGUAUUGCAGGAACGAGCCAAGAAAUUGUCCAAAUCUAAACGUCGUGACGUUCGUGUGGGUGAAACUCGUCAAUUUGACUAUCAACGCGGAGUAGAGAACCCUCUCUUUGCACGACUGAGUGAAGAUGAACGCAAAGAGGUUUUUAUGCUGGAGAAACAGGCCCAGGAAGAAGGAGCAAUUGAAAUACAAAUGUCCUUGUCUCAUGAGACGAGGAAAUCGGGCCGAAAAUACUCGACUGGAUCGACCACGAGUCUCGAGUCUAUGGAAGAAUUUCAAUUAGCCGAUGCAGCGCUAACUACGCCGGACUUUGGUUGUGUGUCCAUUGAACAACUAGAAGAGUUUGCCAAGAUCCGCGACUCUCGCGAUGGUGCGUGUGGCUGCUCCUGUGGUGAUUUGGUCAAAAAGGUGGCCAAGAUGAACGUAAAAAAGUUACGUGCGUUUUUGCAGGAACGCAAUAUUCCACUGCCUGGCACGGGUAAGACGGAGUUAAUGGCUGCGGCAAAGAAGGUGGCACGCGAGCAGAAAAACUGCCAGAGCGCCGACUCGGACUGUGAGUGUGCGCGCAAUGGGGUGUCAUGCCACUCGGACGUGUGUGAAGGCUGCGCUGGCGAUUGCUACAAUCCAUUCCAGCGGUACGAGUACAAGAGCACCAAAGUGAAGCAGUAUCGUAAGGAGCAGCUCGCCAAGUGGCAACAGUCUCAGUUCGAACUCCAGCAAUCGAACGAAGUGGCUACACCCGUCCGUGUUACUUAA